AUGACUGCUGCUGUGAUUGGAUUAAACUUUGGGACUGGAUACAGCUCGAUUGGCGUUGUCAACAAGAAAGGUUUCGCUGAUUGCAUCGCCAACGAAGACGGUCAGCGCCAAAUCGCGUCUGCAUUGGCAUUCAACGGCGAGGAGGAGUACGUCGGCAACCAAGCAAAGCCACAGCUCGUGCGGAACUACAAGAACACCUUCACCGGCUUUAGGAAUCUUCUCGGCGAGGAGUUUACAGAGAACAUCCCCCAGCCACUCCUCAGCGCACCCGUCACCAACAUCAACGGCAUCCCUUCCUACUCCUUCCACGCCCACGGCAAAGAUUCCUCCCUCUCCGUCAAAGACGUUUCCGUGAAGUUUUUACAAUCCCUAGCUAAAUCCGCCGAGGAGUACAUGGGCAAGCCUAUUGACGGUGCUGUUAUGUCUGUGCCACACUCCUGGUCCCAGCACAAACGCAAUGCCCUCUCCGAGGCUGCCAAGGCCGCCAACAUCCCCCUCCUCGACCUCAUCGACGACUGGGCGGCUGGUAUGUCAGCGUACAAUGAGGUUCUUGGCGCUGCCGACUCCAAUGUGUUAGUUGUCGAUAUGGGUGAGUACUCCACCGCCGUCACCACCGUCGCCGCCCGCCAAGGUCUUUUCACUCCAUUGUCUCACCUCAGCGACGCCUCCACCGGUGGCCAGCAGCUCGACCACGCGCUCGUCGCACACUUUGCCAAGGAGUUCACCAAGCAGACCAAGAUCGCCGUGCCUACGCAGUUCUCCGCAGACCUCAGCGAGAACGACAGAAGGGCGCUUGUGAAGCUCUCCCUCGCGUGCGAGCAGACUAAGCGCUCGCUCACGGCGUCCAACUCGGCCGGCAUAGCCAUUGAGUCGCUCAAAGACGGUGCUGAUCUCAGCUCGCAAGUGAACAGACUGCGUUUCGGAAUUCUCGCAAGCAAGACAUUCCACGCCGUCGGUGCACUUGCGGAGAAGGCAGUGAAAGCGGCGGAGCUGGAGAGUGAGCAUAUUGACAAGAUUGUGCUCAUCGGUGGCUCCUCGUCUCUGCCUUCCCUCACCAAUGUCCUCGCUGGCAUCUUCCAAAAUGCUGAGAUUCUCUCGUCGGUCGAUCCCGACCAGGCUAUCGCUAAGGGCGCUGCUAUACAGGCGCAGCUGCUGGCUGCUAGAGACGUCCCAGACCUGCCCUCAGCCACGACGGAGAUGACCGUCAAUGUCACACCCCACCCUAUUGUGCUUGCUGGAGAGGGCGACGAGAACGCUGUCGUCGUCGCUAAAGACACGCCUUUGCCUGCGCGCAGAAUUGUCGCCAUCAACCCCCCUCAUGGUAAGGACAGCGCCGUGCUCGAGCUCUACCAAGCCAAGAAUGAGAUUAAGGUGGUCGCUCCUCCCCCACGCGAGAAGACGGACGAUAGCGAGGAUGAAGAGGACGACGAGCCUGAGCGCAUCCCCGUCGUCGUGCGCUCUAACAAGAUCGCCAGCCUUCAAGUGGCUGUCAAGGGAGACGCCCCUAUCAUUCUCACCGUCGUCGUCCUCGAUAAUGCCAGCGUCGAGAUCAAGGCUGCCCAAGAUGGUCAGUCGCCCGUUACGGCCACUGUGCAGGCGCCAUAA